AUGUCACAUCAAUCAGCGUAUCACAGAGCAGUACUACGUGACAAGGGUACAUUUGAAGGUAAAGACUUUUUGGUUUCAACUGAUUCGAUAAGUUGGAUUAGAGUUGACUCCUUAUCAAUCACUGAACAUGGACAAUUGUACUCUUCAGAUGAACACGAAAACCACUACUUGCUAUUACAAUCCCUACAAUCCUGCCAUGUACAAAUUUUGACAAACAUAGGGCAAUCAUCACCUACUACUAAACUUCAACAUCUGCCACCAAGUAAACGAAACUUGGGCCUUAAACGUAACGGAAGUAAUCAACAACAACAACAUCAAACAACGGAAAACCUGGACGAAGAGCCACCUACUGUAUUUAUCAAGACAUUUGACAAUGACAAACUAUAUAUUAAAGUUGCAUCUAAAGCCAACUUUGGCAAUUUAAUUAGUAGUCUAAUUGUUUGGCAAAACUUGAAGCCCCAGGGUUUAGCAAAGAAGUGGUACUGUGAAAAUAAAGUCGGAAAUCAAGUUGAUGUCCCCCCCAAUGAGUUACUAGUCUGUCGAUUUAAAAUUUAUGGGCCGUUGCCUAAUAAAUACAAGAAUUUAAACAUCAUUCAUGGUCCACAAGCCCCGACUUAUCAACCAAAAAUUGAUGAUUUUACCUCAAAUUCCCACCACAAUAACUCUGUUUUCCAACAAUCAGGUGAUAACAAUAUCAAUGAAGGUUGGUUUUAUGCCAUGGGUGCGUUGAAUUCCAAUGGGAUACUAAAUAUCAUCAGUGAAUUGGAUGGAACUUUAUUGUACUCAAUCGAUGUAAAGACAGUAUUGGCUAGUGAAAUACGCGAAAUGCACCAUUCGAUAUUCAACAGCUCCAACGUGUUAUUUGUGGGACAAUUGAAGGAAUUGCGAUACAACAACACGAUAAGAACGUCAACGACACUAACUGCAGAUCAGUUGUUGACAACUUUCUUGACGCGAGAAGGAAAGAUUAUUCCUAGUAACCAUCGUAUUUUUAUCGAGUUCCCCCUCCACAUUGAUUUAGAAGAUUGGUUUGUUGGAUUAAACUACUUUGCCAAACGGGAAUACAUUGGCUCUUUCAAUAGUGAAUCAAAGUUGUUGACUGAUAAUCGUGAAAACCCACAAUUGCGAGACUUUAGUAAAGCUCAUUUUCGUGUUUCGAAAAAACUUACGAUUGAUAUAAUUGAAGCAAAAUUUGAACACAUGGGCAAUACUAUCAACAAUAGUAACAUCGCUGCAGCAGCAACAGCACACGGGGCUAAAAUUUAUGCUGAAGUACGAAUGUGGGGAUAUCCUUGGUCAAGAACUGCCAUUGUUAACCAUACUAGUAAUCCAUUUUGGAAAGAAGAAUUUCUGACCGAUUUACCCAUAUCGACGCAAAUGAUCCACAUUCUCAUCAAGAAAUGUAAUCAUGAUUCAACAUAUUCACCCAGUGAUAAACUAAUUGGAACAAUAUAUGUAACUCCCGACAUCCUUACUAAACAAAUUAGAACCAGCUCAACCAUAAUGACUAGUGCGGGCUCAGUAAAUAGCAUACAUGUCAAUUCAAUUCCGUUACCUUCGACUACUGGAGGCACCACCACCACCAUCACUACUGACAUCAACAGUGGCACCAACCUAGAUAUAAUGCGAUUAACCAUUUAUGACCCCAACAAUAUCCCCAUUGGUAAACUUUUAAUUGAAGUUAAUUUAAAGGAACAUCACAUCCUACCACCACAAUUUUUCAAGCCAAUGGAAAAAAUGUUGGUUAAUGCUCCCUGGAAGGAUUUGAUCAAAUUCUGUAAUGAAAAUGUGUCGUCAGCUGAUUUUGAAAGAACUAGUGUAGUUUUAUUGGAUAUCUUUCAAAGUUUAGGGGUUGAAGACGAAUGGUUUAAGAAUUUAAUGGAGAGUGAGUUGGUUAAUUUGGACAGAGCUUCGAGAAGAAGUUAUCACAAGAGAAACAGUCAAGAUAAACGAGAUAAGGAUACACCAGCGACCGCCACUGGUUCUUCUUCUUCUUCACUGAAUAACGUAUUCAAUACACUAUUUCGGGGAUCGUCUAUUUUUUCCAAAUCACUUGAAAAGUAUAAUUUACGAAUUGGACAAGAGUAUUUGGAAAAAGUGUUUGGUGACUUUUUUGCCAAAAUUGAUGCCGAGGGGAAAAACUGUGAAGUUGAUCCGCGAUACGUACGUGUUCAAGAACGAGCAAUAAGGAAAGGUUAUGCCACAGCCAAAGACGUAGGCGGUGCUGAUGAUUAUGAUUACGAUGAUGAAAGCAGUGAUGAUGAGUACAAUUCCGAUUUGGAACGCGAAAAGGAUGAGCGUGUGAAACAAAUGGUUGAGGAAAAUUAUCAGAAUUUGUUGGGAUACGCUGAAGAGAUUUGGCACAAGAUUUUCAUCACUUCCAAAGACAUGCCUGAUCAAAUCAAAACCCAAUUGAAGAAUUUCAGAAGUAAAGUUGAACUAGUGUGUGAACCCGAUGACAAGACCACUAGUUUGAAUUGUGUUUCAGCUUUUCUUUUUCUUCGAUUCUUUUGCCCGGCCAUUUUGAACCCCAAGUUGUUUUAUCUUGCCAAAAACCAUCAAACGGGCAGCACGCAACGGACAUUGACUUUAAUUGCCAAGAUUCUCCUCAAUUUGGCUAAUCGACAGGAAUUUAGUGUCCACAAAGAACCCCAUCUUAUUAAACUAAAUCCAUUUUUACGUUCCCACAAGGAUGAAGUGAUUACUUAUUUCAAUCGGAUUACUGGUAGAAGCAAUGAUUUUAAUGAAAAGAUUCUUGAUCUCAGUCAUGAACUCAAGAGAAUAAAUCUUGGAUUGGACCAGACGUCGAAUGAACUUCCCAGUACUCCGUAUUUGAUUGACCAUUAUUUACGAUUAACUGAACUUGCCAUGCUAAUAGCCACGGCAGAGACAUCUUCCACUAAUGGCAACAGCAACAGCAGCAGUAAGCACGUCACUGGUAAUAACAGUGCCACCGACGCUGUAUCUAGCAACCUUUCCGUCUCAGUAUCAGCCACGCCACAGUCGGAAUUGAAUCAUCCCAAUUUGGAUGAAUUAGACGAUGGCGAUGAAAACCACGAAGUUUACAAGAUUGGCGCAUUAGAAUUUGAACGUAAUGACAUACUCGACCUUGCUGGCGAAGAUAAUGCCGACGGAUUCAUUCAUUCGUUAUGUAAAGACAAUGAACACAUUUUUUCAUUUAUUAAUGAAAAUAUCACGUUGAAGGAUAUCCAAAAUCAAAGUAAAAAAUUGGCGAAAAAGAUUCAUGAUUGGGACACGUAUCUUGAAAAUUAUGAAUUCCCCAUGAAUUAUUAUUCAUCGAAUAAUGAUGCUGUUUUGUUAUGGCAAGCUUUUAGUCAUUAUAUUUUGAAAAACACCUGGCUUGAUUCGCGUGGGUGUUUAUCGAGUUCGAGUUCAAUGGAUCUCACCACUAAUGGAAGUUCGAUUUAUCGUCAACGAGGCGGGUACAAGAAUGUCGUUGAUGACUAUGCCAUGGCCAGCUUGAAGUUGAAGUUUGGUGGCGAUGAACAAUAUUAUAGAUUGAAAUCGACCUCGUUAUCGAGUUUGAAUAGUAAUAGUAAUGGGGGAGGCAGUGGCAGUAGAGUUUUCAGUGGAAGCAGCAUUGGCAGUUCUGAGAGGUCCUCGGGCAAUGAAGGUUUGAAAAAGAUUAGGAGUUGGUUCAAGAGGUGA